UUGGUUUAUAAAUAAUAUAAAUGAGUGAACGAGAACUUUUACUACCUCACCAUGAGGGGAGAUUAACUUUUAAAUCGUCUUUGAAACAUACAUUAACAUCUUCUAAAUUCAAUUGGCUGCUUGUCUUUGUUCCUAUUGCUUUAAUAUUAUCAGGAUCUUCUUCAAGUGUAGUUUUUUCCUUGAAUUUCAUUGCCAUCAUGCCACUUGCUCGACUUCUUGGUUUCGCUACUGAGGAAAUUGCACUUCGCUCAGGUUCCGUCAUUGGUUCUCUCUUGAAUGCUACUUUUGGUAAUGCAGUUGAACUAAUCCUUGGCAUGAUUGCUCUAAAAGAAGGCUUAGUACGUGUAGUUCAAGCUUCUAUUUUGGGUUCUAUUUUAUCCAAUAUAUUACUUGUUCUUGGUUGCUGUUUCUUAGCAGGCGGUAUCGGUAGAUCAGAACAAACAUUUAAUGCGACAGCUGCACAAACAUCUACUUCUUUAUUGGGCUUGACUGCUCUUUCCUUAUUAAUUCCUGCCGCCUUUAGUGCAACGGCUGGAACAGAAAUAAAUGAAGUGAAUAAGGGUAUCAUUAAUUUAAGUCAUGGUACUGCUAUUAUUCUCUUAAUUAUCUAUUUCUUAUAUUUGGUGUUUCAAUUAAAGACCCAUUCUGAAUUGUUUGAAGAUGAAGCAGAUGAAGAAGAAUAUCCUCAUACAACUCUUUCUUUUGCUAUUAUUGCUUUGUUAGUGAUUGCUGGUUUUAUUGCUGCACAUGCUGAACUCCUUGUUGGAGCUAUUGAAGGUGUUGUUGAAGUCUGGGGAUUAAAUGAAACAUUUGUUGGUCUUAUUAUUUUACCUAUCGUUGGCAAUGCUGCAGAACAUGUUAGUUCAAUUACAUUCGCUAUGAAAAACAAAAUGAACUUAUGUAUUGGUAUUGCAGUAUCAUCCUCUUUACAGAUUGGUCUUUUGGUAUCUCCUAUAUUAGUCUUGACAGGUUGGCUUAUUGAUGUUCCUAUGACCUUCUUUUUUGAAAUCUUUGAAACAGUCGUUUUGUUUUCAAGCGUACUUGUCGUGAAUUAUUUAAUUGGUGAUGGUAAAUCAAAUUGGCUUGAAGGGGCUUUAUUGUUAGCAUGUUAUGCAAUUGUAGCCUUAGCUUUUUAUUAUCAUCCAACUGUUUAAAAAAAUAAUAAUAAUAAUAAUAUAUACAUGUAUGAUGUGCACAGGCUUAUGAUGUAACUACAAGAAGCGGC